UUUACGUCACUUCCUCUGCUCCCAUUAGGCAAGUGGACCUUGCUGUCGUAAACUAGCGGUUGACGUUAGAUAUUACUGAUACUCGUCCAGAGCUGAAGGCUGUUUCGGACAGGUGACAGCGUCUCUCGUUCCGUUGGAGACUGGCUGGUUUUGUAAACCCGUUUUUCGAAUUUCUAGUCAGCUUUUCUGCCCCCCUAUUUUGUGCCCGUACGGCGGCCGAAGAGGCUCGUGCGCGGCGGAAGUACCGGGCGGGUGGGUGUGCGCGCCCGGCCCUGAGGUGCACGUGGCGCCGGUAGGAGCAAGCAUGUCUUUUCGAGGCGGGGGUCGUGGAGGCUUUAAUCGAGGUGGCGGCUUCGGUCGCGGCGGCAGCGGCAACAAUCACUUCCGAGGUGGAGGAGGCGGUAAUUUCAGAGGCGGCGGCGGCAGAGGAGGAUUUGGACGUGGGGGCGGCCGCGGAGGCUUUAACAAAGGCCAAGACCAAGGACCUCCGGAACAAGUCGUGUUAUUAGGAGAGUUCCUGCAUCCCUGUGAAGAUGACAUAGUUUGCAAAUGUACCACAGAUGAAAAUAAGGUGCCUUAUUUCAAUGCUCCAGUUUAUUUAGAAAACAAAGAACAAAUUGGAAAAGUGGAUGAAAUAUUUGGACAACUUAGAGAUUUUUAUUUUUCAGUUAAAUUGUCAGAAAACAUGAAGGCCUCUUCCUUUAAAAAACUACAGAAGUUUUAUAUAGACCCAUAUAAGCUACUGCCAUUGCAGAGGUUUCUACCUCGACCUCCAGGUGAGAAGGGACCUCCAAGAGGCGGUGGCAGGGGAGGUCGAGGAGGAGGAAGAGGCGGAGGUGGCAGAGGUGGUAGAGGCGGUGGUUUUAGAGGUGGAAGAGGAGGUGGAGGUUUCAGAGGAGGAAGAGGGGGUGGUGGUUUCAGAGGAAGAGGACAUUAAGUACAACAGUUGGUAGAGAAACUUCAUCAGUUGACUUCCGCAUUAACUUCCAUGAUCUACUUCUGUGGAUCAGAAACGUGUUUCUUGAGCAAGUCUUGAAGAAGUGGUCAUCUUAUGACAGUGGAACUCAAAUGUCAACGCCAUGCGGAAACGAGUGCGACAGAACAGGCAAUUUUGCUCUAAAAGAGUAUGAUCAGCUGUUUUAGUGUUUUGUGCAAAGCUUGGAACUUUGUGGGUGUUUAAUAAAGGGACAGCGUUCAUUUGAAGAAUAUUUGAAUUUUUAAAAUAAAGUUUUUUAUUUCUUUCAGUUA